AUGGCUCUGCCAGUUCCUCCCAAAACGGAAUUGGACCCACCGCGGGCGCUUUCCGCAGCCGAAGCUCUCACACCUCUAAUCUCAUCUACGUACACUUCUCCAGACAUCACAUUCUAUCUUAAUGGAAGAAGGACAAUUCUCAGCAAUCCGAAUCCGCAUUGGACACUACUCGACUACAUCCGCGCGCAACCGAACCUCAAGGGCACGAAGCUAGGAUGCGGAGAAGGAGGAUGCGGGGCGUGUACCGUCGUGUUACAGGUCCCCGAUGUGCAGACUCGAGGUUCUGAAAAGAGGAGGGUGAAGCAUUUGGCUGUGAAUGCCUGCUUAUUUCCUCUGCUUGGCAUCGAUGGAAAACAUGUUAUCACGGUGGAGGGUAUUGGUAGCGUGGAAAAGCCGCACCCAUUACAGGAGAGGAUCGCAAAGUUACAUGGAAGUCAAUGUGGAUUUUGCACACCUGGUAUCAUUAUGAGUCUCUAUGCACUAGUCAGGAAUGUGUACGAUCCCGAGACGCAGAUAUUUAGGUUGAGCGAGAGGGACAUCGAACUCGAAGGCCAUCUUGAUGGAAAUCUGUGCAGAUGUACAGGAUACAAGCCCAUCCUACAAGCCGCAAAGACUUUCGUCACCGAAGAUCUGAAGGGGAAAUUGGCAGAAGAGACGACGGGAAAAGAUAUGAAAUUAGAAGCUGAAGGUGUGGACCUCGUGCAGAACGGCUAUGGGAACACAGUAAAGGGGUCUUGUGGACGACCUGGUGGCUGUUGUCGAGACGCACCGUCUGACAAUAGCUCAACAGACAGUAAAUCCUCCACAAGUACGCCACCCACAGAAGCGCUAUCGAUAUUGGAUGAUGAGCCCAUCCCGGCCAAUCUCGGUAUUAAGGGAGACCCGCUACAAGAUUUAUCGGUCAGUGGUGCCGCUUACACAAAACCCAUGAAGAACAAAGAGAAUCAACUUUCAGACGCGGAAGUUAAGGCAUCCACUUCCCUCGACGCACUCACCAUGGGCUCGAGGGAUGGACUACCCAAAGUUCAAUUCAAAGAAUAUGUGCCUGGCACAGAACUCAUUUUUCCGCAUGCGCUCUGGAAAUUUGAGCCCAAAGCGCUAUGCUAUGGCAACGAAAAGAAGAUCUGGUUUAGACCCACAACGCUUCAGCAGCUAGUAGACUUGAAGGAUGUAUACCCGUCAGCUAAAUUAGUUGGAGGGGCGAGUGAGGUGCAGGUGGAGGUGCGCUUUAAGAAUUCCGAUUUCGCCGUGUCAGUCUACGUGUCAGAUAUUCCUGAACUGAAGGAAACCAAACUCCCACCAGAUGCAGAACUCAUAUCGGCGGAGGAGAUUGUGUUGGCAGCAAAUACCCCUUUGACCGAAUUGGAAUCUAUUUGCAAUGAAGUGUAUGCAAAACUAGGGAAACGCGCUAUGGUGUUGCGAGCUCUAGGAAAACAGCUUCGAUGUUUUGCAGGUCGGCAGAUUCGCAACGUUGCCUCACUCGCUGGUAACAUUGCAACGGCAUCUCCUAUUUCCGACACAAAUCCCGUGUUGGUGGCGUCUGGGGCUCGUCUCGUUGCACGUAGUAAGGGGAAGGGUUCCUUCCAGCUGCCAAUGUCAGAAUUCUUCGUCGCGUAUCGGACUACUACCCUACCGCCCGAUGCAAUUAUUAGCCACAUCAGAAUACCACUACCUAACUCAGGGUCCAGAGAGGUCUUGAAAGCUUACAAGCAGGCUAAGCGGAAAGAUGACGAUAUUGCUAUUGUCACGUCGUCUUUCCGAGUAAGGUUGGAUGCAGGAGGAAAUGUCAAAGAUAUAUGUUUGGUGUAUGGCGGUAUGGCCCCAACAACGAAGGAAGCCUCUAAAUCGAAAGCGGCAUUGCUUGGAAAGAAGUGGUUGUCCUCCGAAACGCUAGAGGCCGGUCUCGCUGCUCUUAACACCGACUUCGACCUUGAUUACGGUGUGCCAGGUGGUAUGGCACAUUAUAGAAAGACUCUCGCACUUUCUCUUUUCUUCCGCUUCUGGCAUGAAUCAGCAGUUGACCUUGAGCUUGGUAAAGUAGACAGCCAAGUAAUCAACGAGAUCCAUCGUAAUAUAUCAACGGGUGCUCGCGACAAUUACAACCCAAAUGAACAACGCGUCGUCGGCAAGCAAGUCCCGCAUAUCUCAGCUCUAAAGCAAUGCACUGGGGAAGCCGAGUAUAUUGACGAUAUGCCUCGGCAAGAAAGAGAACUCUUCGGUGGGUUGGUAUUAUCAUCGAAAGCACACGCAAACCUCGUAAGUGUUGACUGGGCACCAGCGUUGGAGAUGCGUGGUGUUGUUGGCUACAUCGAUAGGAAUAGCAUUCCGAAAGAAGCAAAUGUGUGGGGAUCGAUACGGAAAGACGAACCAUUCUUCGCGGAGGAUAAAGUGCUUCACCAUGGGCAAGUAAUUGGUAUGGUAUAUGCAGAAACCGCUCUACAGGCGCAAGCAGCAGCAAAGGCUGUCAAAAUUGUCUAUGAGGAGCUGCCCACAAUUCUUACAAUUGACGAAGCGAUCGAGGCAAAGAGUUUCUUCGAUCAUGGUAAGGACCUCAAAAAGGGCGCUGCGAUCAGUGGAACUCUGAGCCAGGCCUUUGCCCAAUGCUAUAGGAUUUUCGAGGGCACAACAAGGAUCGGUGGACAGGAACACUUUUAUCUGGAGACGAACGCAGCGCUAGUGAUUCCGUCAAAUGAAGAUGGCUUCAUGGAAGUCUGGUCUUCCACGCAAAACACAAUGGAGACGCAAGAGUUUGUCAGUCAAGUCACUGGCACUCCUAGCAGUCGGAUAAACGCUCGAGUGAAGCGGAUGGGUGGAGCAUUCGGCGGGAAAGAAUCAAGAAGCGUACCAUUCGCAUGCUAUCUCGCAAUUGCAGCCAAAAAAGAGAAGCGUCCAAUGCGGCUGAUGUUGAACCGAGACGAGGAUAUGCUUCUUAGCGGACAGCGACAUCCCAUCCAAGCGCGUUGGAAAGUUGGGGUGUCGAAGGAAGGAAAGCUACUCGCGCUCGACGCUGAUAUCUACGACAAUGCUGGAUAUUCUCAGGACAUGAGCGGCGCCGUCAUGGAUCGUUGUAUUACCCACUUCGACAACUGCUACGAAAUACCACAUGUGUUCCUUCGCGGACAUGUAUGCAGGACGAAUAUCCACAGCAACACCGCAUUCAGAGGGUUCGGUGCCCCGCAGGGAAUGUACUUCGCUGAGACAAUAAUGUAUAAUAUCUCGGAAGGACUAGGUAUUGAUGUCGACGAGCUUCGGCAAAGGAACUUGUAUAAGCCGGGUGAUUGGACCCCGUUCUUUCAGAAAAUCGACGAAGACUGGCAUGUUCCAAUCAUACUCGACCAACUCCGGAAGUCGUCAGAAUACGAAAGAAGGAAGAAAUCCGUCGCGGAUUUCAACUCAAAGAAUCGUUGGAAGAAACGCGGUAUUUGCCUUGUUCCGACGAAGUUCGGUCUCAGUUUCGCAACAGCUCUACAUCUUAACCAAGCUGGGGCAUACAUCAAGAUAUACCAUGAUGGAAGCGUCCUGCUGCAUCACGGAGGGACCGAGAUGGGACAAGGCUUGUACACCAAAAUGUGUCAGGUCGCAGCGCAAGAGCUAGGCGUUCCGCUCGAUUCAAUAUACACGCAAGACAGCCAGACUUACCAGAUCGCAAACGCAUCACCGACGGCAGCUUCGUCGGGCUCCGACCUCAAUGGCAUGGCUGUGAAGAACGCAUGCGACCAGAUUAAUGAGCGGCUCAAGCCGUACCGGGAACAAUUUGGUAAAGAUGCACCACUUCGCACUCUAGUACAUGCGGCAUAUCUAGAUCGAGUGAAUCUUGCUGCAAAUGGGUUCUGGAAGAUGCCGAGAAUUGGAUACAAAUGGGGUGAUUACGAUAAAGAGACUGUGAAACCAAUGUACUACUACUUUACGCAGGGCGCUGGAGUCACGGAAGUGGAGUUGGACCUACUUACCGGGGAUCACACGGUUCUGAGGACGGAUUUAGUAAUGGACGUCGGAAACUCAAUCAACCCCGCAAUCGACUACGGCCAAAUCGAAGGUGCCUUUAUCCAAGGCCAAGGCCUUUUCACUAUCGAAGAAUCUCUCUGGACGCGUUCCGGUGAGCUCUUCACGCGCGGCCCUGGAACUUACAAAAUCCCGGGCUUCAGCGAUAUCCCGCAAAUCUUUAACGUGAGCAUGUUACGACAGGACGUCGACGGAAAACCGCUGACGUGGAACCAUCUGAGGAGCGUGCAAAGCAGUAAGGGGAUUGGCGAGCCGCCUCUUUUCUUGGGUAGUGCGGUAUUUUUUGCACUGAGGGAGGCGGUGAAGGCUGCGAGAGAGAUGAAUGGGGAGAGGGUGGACGGUGGGUGGAAGUUGGAUAGCCCGGCUACGGCGGAAAGGUUGCGAUUAGCGGUCGGGGAUGAUUUGGCCAGGAGGGCGGAAGUUAAGAGAAAAGAAGGGGAGACUAGUUUCUUUGUCACAGUUGCGUAA